AUGUCUGCACAUCAGGACUUGGAAAGGCCCGCCACAUGCGCUUGGCUGCUCACCUCGGCCGCACCGAAGUCUGACACACCCACCAAUAGUUUGGCUCCAGUCAUCACUAGUUCCACCCCCGCCUCCGCAGCCCCUGUAACUCCUACCCAACAAUCCUCUGCUUCCACCCCACCUACUACUUCCCCUUCUUCAACCACCACUUCAUCAUCAACCACAUCCUCAAGCAUUCAUACCACCUCCUCAAUUCCAGUCCCACAAACUGUGUUGUUCACGGCACCCGUAGUGGCAGUCACUCCACACUCUACCUCCACAUUCAGAUCACAAACUAAAAUUGUGAUCAGCUCCGUUAACAUUGCUGCAGUCAUAGGUGGUAUCACUGGCUGUCUCGCUGGUUUGGCUGUGUUGGGUUUCCUCAUCAUGUGGUGCAUUCGCCACAAACGCAAGUCUGAUGAAGGCAAAUGGAGCGCUUCAGUCUUCAAACAUCAGUCUGCCAUCCUUGUGGAUGAUCCCGAACUAUCCUUUAAUCCCCACCCACCGACCAUGAUCGAACGUCACAACGCAUCCCCUGCCCUCAACGCUCAAUACAACCAUCCGAAUUAUUGUGGUGAUGGCAAUGACACAUGCCCCUCACAAGGACCACAGUCACCUCACUUGGCAACCGUCCAGCGCGGCAUACUUGUCUCGUCAACCAUCCGCUGCAGGAUAACCCCCAACGAUCCUCAGGCUCACUAUGUUAAUCUCGAUCGUUCCAGCGUAAAUCCAUUCCAAGCUGCCCAACUUGCCGAUGGAUACGGAACUGCAUAUAACCAUCAAUUUACCGAGGGCAUGCCCACCAUAGUUGCUGGAUUCAAGGGCCAUCCUUUGUACAAGCGUAAUUUCACCUUUUCUGCGCGUCGUACUCAAAGUCCAGAUAUGCUCUAUCACGGCAUCUGA